AUGGAAAUCGAUGUAGUUAGCCGAACUACCUUACUGUUCGUAUUCAUGGUGGUAGUCAACUUAUCAGAUUCUCAAAACUAUAGCGAAUUCAUUGGCGAUCUGCUCACAACGAAGACGACGUACGAAGCAUCGUUUGGUGGUUUGGAAAAAAUGUCAGCCGCACUGAAUGCUACGAGAACUCACCUGCAAAUGGUCGCCGAAUCGUGUGUUGCUCUGCAAGUCAACGCUUUGAUAAGGCACGGUGUACGAUAUCCCGGUAAACAAUUCUACGGUAACAUAAGUCAGCUUAUAGAUCUCCAGGAACAAAUUGAAUCGGAAGAAUUCUUCCACUUGAAAGCUCAGACAAACCCAUUCCUAGAUGUCACCGAAGCUCAACAGCUAGCUGAAAACGGGAGGCAAGAACUCCGCAACCUUGGAAUAAGAUAUGCAAAUUACUUUUCUGAACUGUUUCUAGAUGGCACUGCGCAGAAUUUCACUGAGAAAUGUGUUUUUAUAAGCUCUGACUUGCCUCGGACUAGAGACAGUGCCAAGGCAUUCAUACUUGGUAUGCAAAGCAUUGUGGGAAAUGAUAAGGAUGAUGAGUUGAAAAUGAUGAUGGAGGAUCAGAUAGAGAUUCUUGACAUUGCAACAGAUUUUAUGCUGAGGUUUUAUUAUAAUUGUGAGAAAGUUGUCCAAACAGUGCAGAGAAACAAGACGGCAUUGGCAGAGUAUUAUUUAUUUGGUGAUGGAUCAGAGAUAAAUUCUGUAGUGGAUGGAGUUUCGAAGAGGUUAAAAAUAAAGCACUCAAGACUUACGAAUGAACAUGUGCAAAUGCUGUAUACAUUGUGCUCAACCACGUUGGCGAUAUUCAACGAAAUAAGUUGGUGUGAGGUUUUCACGCAAGAUGAACUGAGGGUCAUGGAGUAUUGGUCAGAUGUCAAGCAGUACUGGAAGAAAAGCUAUGGUCAUAAGAUUAAUUAUCAUAUCAGUUGUCAAUUUUUACAACAUAUUUUUAGUACGCUGGAAGAUAACCAUGACAACUCUCCUGUGGGUGUAUUUCGUUUUGGACAUGCUGAAACCUUAAUACCGUUAUUAAGUAUUCUUGGGUUGUACAAAGAUGAAGAGAUUAUCUUGAAAUAUGACAAUUACCAUAGCAACUGGAACAGAACUUUCCGAGCCAGCAAGCUGUCUCCGUUUGCUGGUAACAUAGCCUUUGUUUUAUACAGCUGUACAGAUAGCACUGGAAACUCAACGUAUAUGAUAGAGGUAUUACUCCAUGAACAGCCAGUGACUUUACCAUGCUGUGCUUCAACAUUGUGCUCCUAUGAUGUUAUUAAACAAUUUUAUUCCACAUGGCUGGAGGAUUGUGAUUUAACCGAAUUAUGUGGAACUUGGACUGAGAUACGCCAACCAAGAGAAGAGCUCUGA